AUAAACACAAGCACUAGCAAUACCACCACUUAAAUACCAUUAUCAAUUAAGCCUCAUAAAUAGAGGUUGACCCUUUCAAUCAAUACACUCAAUUUCUUCUUCAAAUUUCACUUCUCCAUGUUCUAAAAUAUCCUUUAAAUUAAUCAAAGCUUUUGAAGUUUGGAAUUUUCAAUAGCUAUAGUAAUAUGUACUUAUAAUUUUCUCUUUAUAAAUUCAAUUUCUUCAAAGCACAAGUAAUUUUAGAUGUGGCAUCUUGUAGCUGCAGUUAGAAGAAAUCUUCAUAACAUGAAGAAGAGUUCUAAGGUGGCUGAUGAGAACAUGUUUGAAGCAGGGAACGAGGUGGAAGUAGCAAUAUUUGGGGGUGAAAGAGGAAGAAGACAACAUGGAUGGAGUGGUUUUUCAAUUAUUUGUGCUAUUCUACAAGCUCCAAUAUCAAUACUCUCAUGUGUCUCAAAUCCUCGUGUUAAUGGGCCUGAUGGGGUUUGGGCCAAUGGUGAAUUUGCACAAAUUUCUGAGAUCAAUCAUAUUAUGGUAAAUGAUAGUAUGAGAUAUGCAAUUUUGAUGUAGAAAAUGUGAACAAUUAAUGUUGUUGCUCUAGACUACCUUCUCUUAUUUUUAUUUUAUAUACAUACUGCUCUGGAUCAUAAAUUACAGUGGCAAAUUUCCUCAACAAAAUUUGGAAUUCUUUUUCUCAAAA